AUGGCCAAGCCGCUCGCCGUCACCGCCUCGACCUCCCUCCUCACUGCCUUCUCGCGCGGCCGGCUGGGCGCGGCGGCGGCGGCGGCGGCACCAUGCCCGCGCGCGGCCGGCUCGGUCACCGCCUUCGCCAGCGGCGGAUUCGUCGUCGGCUUCCGCUUCAGCCAUGCCGUCGCCGACGGCCCGGGCUCCGCGCAGUUCAUGAACGCGGUCGGGGAGCUGGCGCGCGGCGCCGAACGCGUGUCGGUGGAGCCGCGACGUGAUCCCGGACCCGGCGGCCGGCCAUGGGGAAGCCCAGCGGAGGAGGACCGCGUGGCGGCGGCUCCCGCGAGGAGGAUCACGCGGCGGUGUCUCCCUGCACGCGCGCUCGUCGACGGAGGAGCACGCACGCGCGUCGGCCUUUCGCGCGAGGAGCUCGGGGGUGGGGACACGGACGCAUGGCUUGCCUACUCGACCCGGCCAGGGGCGGGGGCGGGCAGUCGCGGGCAUGGGCUGGGCGGCUGGGGCGGGGCAGGGCCGUGCGAGGUCCAACAUGGCCGGACGUGCGAGCUCGACGCGGUCGGGGGCUUCGGUGGCUCGUCGGCCCUGGCCGGGCCACGGACGCGCGGCUUGCCUGCUCGACGCGGCCGGGGGCGGGCAGCCACGGCUGGGGGCGGCGCACGGCUGUGCGAGGGCCGCCAUGGCCGGACGUGCGAGCUCGACACGAUGGGGAAGAAGACGGGAGAGGACGAGAGCGGUGAGAGGUGA